AAUAUUGAGAAUGAAGACGGCUGGAGUUGUUCUGUUGUUGCUGUGGUCUGGGCAGUGUGUGACUGCAGCAUCCAGUGAAGCUCUCCAAACCACAGGCACAGGCAAAGACUACCCACCACAGCCAGACAUCCAGACUGUGCUGAGAGAGAUGAGCAGCCUCAUUGCAGAGCAAAGAGUGGAGCUCAAGUGCAGCAAUGCAAAAUUGGAGGCCGUAGAGAAGAAGGCAGAGGCCAUGGAGGAAAGACUGAGGGCCAGUGAGAAAACUGUGGAAGAGCAAAGAGCUGAGCUCACACACACCAAGACACAACUGGAGACCGUGGAGCGUAAAGCAGAGGCCAUGGAGGGCAGACUAAGGGCCAGUGAUGGUAAAGCAGAGGCCAUGGAGGAAAGACUGAGGGCCAGUGAGAAGACAGUGGAAGAGCUGAGAGCUGAGCUCACACACACCAAGACACAACUGGAGGCCGUGGAGAAGAAGGCAGAGGCCAUGGAGGAAAGACUGAGGGACAGUGAGAAUGUGGUCAAUGAACUAAAGAUUGAAAACAAGGCUCAAGCAAUGGGUCUGAAUCUCACUGUGGCAGAUGUAUCAGAUCUGAAGAAGGAGAGAGAACAGAGCAGGGUGUCUUUCUCUGCCUCACUGGUGAAAGAGGGUGGUGGCAGAAAUUUUGGACCCACUGCUGUGGAUGCUCCUCUGGUGUUCAGAAACGACUUCACCAACAUUGGCAAUGCCUACAGUGCAAACACAGGGGUCUUCACAGCUCCAACCAGAGGAGUCUACUUCUUUGUUGUGUUUGUACUUGGUCAAGGUGGAUCUACAACUACAGGAGCAUGGCUGUUUAAAAAUGAUAAGCGCUUUGCUUUUGCAUGGAGUCAUCAGCAAGACGGCUACACCAAACCCUCCAAUGGAGCCUCUGUGGUGAUGGAGAAGGGAGAUGAGGUCUACGUCAAGCUGCAUUCUGGUUCAUGGGUACUUGAUAAUCAGAAUAACAACUGUGUCUUCUCUGGACACCUGCUGUUUCCCAUAUGA